GACCAUCCCUUUAAGUUUAGAUAAAACGUGUGCUUAGUGGAGCGAAUGAAAUCAGUGCCUCGAUGCCCCCAAAAGGUAUCGAACGUUUUCCAACAAUGAGUCAAGUACACAGACUGUCGUCAAAUUGUAUUUGUAUCCGGCUUACACAUUUAAUAUCAAACUAUCGAAUGAUAAACAACUAUUCGUUGGGUAUAUGGAGACAGGAUCAGUGUACUUUUCAGCCCUAUCUAUUUCGUUUGUACAUUUUCGAUACAUCUUAGCCACAGUGCCCUUCAAAACCAUGAAUUUGUUAAUUUACUUUGCUGUAAUGUUAAUAAUAGAAAAAGGAAAUGGUUUAAAUCUGAGAUCAUCCGUCAUUCUAGACGAUAGGGGCUAUGCCAACAUCGCCGUUGCUAUUGAUGAUUCGAUACCGGAGAACAUGGAUUUAAUCACGGCAAUUCAGGAUAUGUUCAGGGAUGGAUCUAGGUUUCUUUACCAAGCUACUCGAAGGCGUGUCUUCUUCAAAAAUGUCACCAUCCUCAUUCCAUCUCACUGGACCAAAAGAUCAGAAUAUGGAUCUCCAGGUCGACUGACCUUUGACACAGCUGACGUCAUUGUUGCCGAACCGAACCCAAUCUGGGCCCCUGAACCAUACACCCAGCAAGUCCUCGGGUGUGGACAACCAGGAAGUUUUAUUCAUUUUUCACAGAAUUUCCUUCUUGAUGACGAAGUGACAGGCAUUUAUGGAGAAUUAGGUCGAAUUCUUGUACAUGAAUGGGGUCAUUAUCGUUGGGGUUUAUUCAACGAAUAUCCAGAUGAGGUAGGGGAUGCAGAUCACGUGGUACAUUUCUACCAAUCAAUGAUGGAUUUGCGAUGGAAGCCAGUUACUUGCUCUCAGGAAUACAAAUGGAGUCCAACGAGAAUCGUUCAAAGAGGGAAUGCUAUUUUGUAUGGAAUGUGCGAUGGCAAUCCGGCAGAUGGAUAUCAAAACGGAUGCAUAGUGCGUACUACAUCUGCAGGACAGGCCACCGGAUCUAUCAUGCACGGCCCAUUAACAUACCCGCAGAUCGUUAAUUUCUGCGAUGACGAUCCCUCAGAUACCGGCAACCUUCAUAACAGUGAAGCACCAAAUAAACACAAUCGACUCUGUAACGCAAGAAGUGCAUGGGAAGUCAUGAGAGGUCAUGAAGAUUUUACUGCAGAUAAUUAUUCUUCCCCUCCUGACCUGAGUGAUGCCCAACUUGAGCCUAGUUUUCAUUUGGUACAAGCAGGUAGCAGAGAUGCAUGUCGGGUAGUCCUCGUUCUAGACACAUCGGGUAGCAUGGGGAGCGCAAAUCGAAUUGACAAAGUAAACAGUGCUGCCACUGCUUUUGUGAACCUUGUUGAUGACGGGCUAUGGUUAGGUGUUGUCACUUUCACAAACUCACCAACGACCGAAAAAGAGCUGACACAGAUUAGAACUCCAGCUGAGAGAGACUCGCUGCGUGGUAUCUUUAACCUGACUGCCUCUGGAGGAACUUGCAUUGGCUGUGGACUUGAAAGAGGUUUAGAGGUUUUAAUGGGGCAUCCAAGUGGAACUGCUGACGGUGGACUCAUUCUGUUAAUGACUGAUGGGAGAGAUAGUAGAAUAGACAAUCAUCCCAUCCGUCAAACCUUGAGGAAUAAUGGCGUUAGGGUUAAUACAGUGGCUAUUGGAGAAGAUACCUAUGGUGAACUCAAUCUGAUUGCACAGGAAACAGGAGGGGCAGCGAUAUUUUAUCCAGAUAACGGUACUUCUUCCAUUAUUAGUGCCCUGACACAAACCGUGGAGAUGUGUACAACAACAAAUAGCAUCGGUAUUCAGUUGGUUGGUGAAGGAUUUUUACUAGGAAAUGGAAGUAUUCAAGCAGGCAGACUCAAUUUUGAUAACUCAAUCGGCAACAGGACGCAGUUCAUUGUUACGUAUACGUCUUCAUCUAGUUCAACUGCUCCAGGAGUAAAUGUGGUAAUUACACAACCCGACAAUACAACGAUCACAGAACGUAAUCAACAAUAUACUGUCCACACCAACAGAAAUGUCAUCACCAUAGCAGUCGAAGGACUGGCCAUGAGUGGCGAAUGGUCGUAUUCAAUAGAGAAUACGUUUUCGGGACUUCAAUCUGUGACCUUCUCCGUGUUUUCAAGAAUCAACAUGGAGGGAGAUGACGAGCCAAUCGUCAUGAAAUCAGGUGUUGGUAAUUCGGUCCUCGAUUUAUCUGUCGGCGUCAAACCACUGAGCGCCUUCGUCAAACUUAGUAAAGGUUUUCAACCUGUCGUGAAGGCAAUUGUUCGUGCUAUCGUGGAAAAGCCCGGUGGAUAUGUAGCUGAUCUCAUAGAGCUUCGUGACGAUGGUGGAGGUGCUGACAUAACAGCUAAUGAUGGCAUCUACUCCCGUUUCAUUACAAACAUCACGGGAAAAGGGUUCUACGGUAUUCGUGCGAUUUCUGAGAACGACGGAUCAGCGAUCAUUUUGACCCGUGCUCGAACAGGGCUAUCAAGGGUUCAAGCUGCACUUCGAGUGGCUGAUGACGGGACGAUAAUUUCUCCAGGAACUAUUGGCUCUUACGAAGUACGUUUUCCUGGAGUUGAAUCCAGCCAGACCCUACAGGGUGUACCUGCACCAGCAUUUACCAGGAGUUCUUCGGUCGGUUCAACAACGAUUACAAACCUCCCUGAUGGAUUUACUCCGGGCCAGGACCUGUUUCCACCAGCUAGGGUUCAGGACCUACGGGUCACAGUGACGUUUGUUGGGAACUCCUCCUUGGUUCUCACUUGGAUAGCUCCUGGCGAUGACCUGGACACAGGAGCGGCAACAUAUUAUGAUAUCAGAGUUGGUAACUCUUCCAGUCAGCUCCUAGGUAAUUUCUCCAACGCAACUGAAGUAAGCCAAUCCAGUAUUCUCGCGGGGAACUUAUCCUCACCAAAGCCAUCAGGUUCAGUAGAAACCUUCAUCAUCACUGUACCGGAUAUGACAGAGUUAAAUUCCUUCUCGUACAGCUUCGCUCUACGCGCAAUAGAUGAUGAUGGAAAGUCAAGCCCGAUAUCGAAUGUGGCAAUAGCAACCUUCAGACGCGUCAUACCGUCUCCUCCUUCUACCCCUCCUGGUCCCUGUAAUGGUACAGCAUGUAUAAACGGUGGAGAACUUGAAGAGUCUACCUGCACCUGUUCAUGCACAGAUGAUUUUCAGGGAAACCUCUGCCAAUAUAACAAAACGCAAUUGCGGAACGGUGUGCAGAUUCAUCUUCGAGCCAAUAUUAGCCAGUGUGGCCAGCUUCUAGAUUCCCUCCUUACUGCAUCGAGUGACCAGCUCAAUGAUUAUUGCCUCAACGAGUUCGAAUCUUGCUGCCCUGGAGAAGCGAUCGCGAACAGACCUCAAGGAAAUUACGUAAGUGAUGGGGGUAUGAUGAUAGCAGAUGGUUAUCCGAUAUCGGCAGACCAAUCGGAUGAUUGCUAUGUGGUUCUUUUCGCCAUUCGACCGAACGAACCAGAAUUGUGCGGAUCGAACAGACGAAGAAAAAGAAGCAAGAUGGAAAUACGAGUGAAGAGACAACUGCCAGAACAAUCAGUUUUCGUAGCCCAGAGCCUCCUCCUAGGUGCCCUUUCUUCAGGGGAAUCAGCUAUAGAGAUCGCUAUCGGUACAGACAUCUACAGUAUUACAUUACCUCACGUAGAAGGUGAUCGAAGAAGUACGGUGCCAGCAUUCGUGAUCGGCGCUGCAGUCGCAGCAGCGAUCAUCUUCAUACUUCUGAUCCUCUGUCUUUUCGUUUGUUGCGCGAGAGUGUCUAUCCGAAAUGAAUUUUUGAAGGAAAGAUAUUACAACCAAGACAGAAAGUCGAAACAAGGACCAAGAUUUGUUGGUGAAGACCCUACGGGAAGGAAUAUAUCCACGAUCAGCGGAAGACCUCAUUUACGAAUCAAUCCUGUCAAUUCACGUCGAAAGCCUGAUGGUAGUCAAUUGGAAUCAUAUGGAAUGGAAUCAUACCCGAUGUCGAUUUACCAUAGACCAUACGAAAUGUGAAAUUUCCUCUACGAUUUAUCAAUAACACAUUCAGAUAAAACCACUGAUUCUAACACUAUGUGCACGAAACAGGCCGUGAUUUCAAUAUUGACAUUCAGUUCGUAUUCGGUGUAUUUCGAAAGAUUUAACAAACUUAGAAUACAAUUUAGCACUGAAUUAAAAAAAAAUGCAAGGUUUAUAUAGGUAAUUUGCAGUUAUAUUCCAUGUUGUUUAAUCCUAGGUUGUAAGCAUGCAGUCAUCUGUCCAGCUUACAAUAACUUAAAUUACUGACGUAUAAAAAUGUAAUGACUUUUUAUUCAAAUAUUAUGUUUGCCAAAUAUAUAUGUCACGUGAUUAGUUGCCACUCUAAAUAUUUGAUAAUUCUAUAUUGUAACAAGUCCAAGACAUUCCUUUGGAUUGACACAAAAGUCAAAGAGAAUAUAUAAGUACAUUUUUCUUGAGGUAACUGACAUAGUCCACAACCAUCAUAAACAUAUAGUCACGCAUAAUUUUGUUUUUUUUCCAGAGUGAGGGCAAGACGUGUAAAAAAAUUAGAAAAAAUCGAGGAAACUCAAAAGUGAGGGAUCGAAGCAACUGAGCUUGCCAUGGGGCACAAUUACUGCACAUUAUCAUGUUGAAAUUAAAGGAAUUUUGUGAAAAUUAUCAUGAAAAAGGUUUCCAAAAUUUCUGGGGAAGGCAACCCCCUCCCCCCAUCUCACCCCUUCCACUGCAUACGACCAUAACCAUGGCUAUAGCUGAAAAGAUGUCUGUAAUCAAUGGAUGUAUAAAACCAAUUGGCCAAUAUAUUUAGUUAUAUAUUUAUUAUUCAUUUAUUUUUUUUUAAUUCUGCAGGGUAGGCCUGUUCAGUUAUGCAAACCUGCUUUCCAAAGGCGCCCUGCAGUUUAACAAAUAACUCAACAUUAUAGCAACUAAAUGUAUGUAACAUAUAAUCAAGUGAAACAGAACACAAUAUACAUACAAAGGGAAUCAACAAGCAUCAUGGAAUCAUUACAUCAAGAUAUCCAGUGUAACAGUCAGAAUUAGAAUGAUUUUACAGUGAUUUCUUUCAAUGCAUGGAGGGACGUGCAUUUUCUUAUAUCAUAAAAAAGCGAAUUAAAUAGGACGGCAGCAACAUAUUCAAAAUAUUUUCUUGUAUAAUCCGUCCUUGGGCAGAGUAUUUGAAGGGGAAAUUCAUUUUUAGACUUUCAUAUUUGGUCAUCAGUUUCAAUAAAUAUCGAAAUACCUCUGUUGGAUCUUGAUGAGGAAAAGAAAAUAAAGAUACUAUUAACAGAUUGAAGGGAAUUCAUAGAUCAAUGCAUCCUUGUCUACAUGUUUAAACGUGCGUGGAACUCAUGAAUCCCACAAUUUAUUGACAUAUUUGUUGAUAGAAUUUUUUUGUGGUAGCUUAAUCUGUAUUUACGCAUUCUCUGAGAUGUCUUUAAGUAAUGAACAUAACUGGGCAAUUCCAUAAAGUAAUCAACCUUUUUGUACGGCCGACCCCCAUUUAUCUCAAGUCUUAAGUCACUUAAUAAACUGACCAAGUCAUGGACCCUUGGGAACAGUACUGACUGUCAAAAGAACAAGAAAUCAGAGACAGAAAAUUUCAUGAAGUCCCCACAUAUAGGGGGUCGGACGUACACAUUUUAUGAUGGAAUUGCCCAACUGCAUGAUUAUGUUUCGAGGUAGCACAGCGGAUGUAUAAAGGGUACAAUGUAUUAAUCUAAUAAUAACUUAGAAGCAAUUGCCUAAUAUACAAUUCAUGUUUAACGGUACACUUUAGAACUAAAUUGACUGGCAGAAAUUAACUAAAAGAAAAAUUGCAGUUUGCUGGUAAAUGAGUUGAAGUCCAUCAACGCUGAAAUUGUGAGUGAUUUUGCUUCAUUAUGGUUGUAUUUUUUGUAAUGUAUGAAUUGUUUUAUAUGGCCUUUUGUUUUCUAAUAACAAACAUUGCAACGUAAGAUCCCUGAUAAAACCACGUUGUAUUUAGAACAUCCAAUGCAAAUCAAUAAUAUUUACAAUUCUAUACAAAAAAUAAU